CAAAUAGAAAACAAACUUUAAAUUUAAUAAAUAAGAGUUUGACUUUGAUCAUAAUUAAAAUUGCAUUUUGAGGAAAAAUUAUAAACUACCUACCUAAAUAUCAUGCCUGUUCCAUGCAAAACAGGCUGUGGCAAAAAUGCCAUGCUAAAGCGGCCAAAAACCGGAGAUGCAUUGUGCAAAGAGUGUUUCUUUUGGGCGUUCGAGACAGAAAUCCAUUUCACGAUCACAAAAGGGGAAUUAUUCAAACGCGGAGAUUCCGUCGCUAUAGCCGCUUCAGGUGGUAAAGAUUCCACAGUUCUUGCUCAUGUGCUCAAAACGUUAAAUAAACGUUAUGACUAUGGCCUCGAUCUCAUGCUAUUAUCCAUCGAUGAAGGAAUAACAGGAUAUCGAGAUGAUAGCCUCGAAACUGUUAAGCGCAAUAGAGACGACUAUGAGAUGAAUUUAAAGAUACUUUCGUACAAAGAUCUGUAUGGUUGGACGAUGGAUGAAAUCGUAGCUCAGAUAGGACGUAAGAAUAAUUGUACUUUCUGUGGUGUGUUUCGAAGACAGGCGUUGGAUAGAGGGGCUGCUAUGCUGAAUGUAAAAUGUAUAGCGACAGGUCAUAAUGCUGAUGAUAUUGCUGAAACUGUGCUUAUGAAUGUGUUACGAGGGGAUAUAGCAAGGUUGAAAAGGUGCACAGCUAUUUCUACGGGUAGUGAAGGUACAAUACCUAGAGUGAAACCUUUGAAAUAUACAUAUGAGAAAGAAAUAGUAAUGUAUGCUCAUUACAAGAAGUUGGUAUAUUUUUCUACCGAGUGUAUUUUUGCACCAAAUGCAUACAGAGGCCAUGCAAGAGCUUUGCUAAAGGAUUUGGAAAAGAUCAGACCAUCUUGUAUCAUGGACAUCAUAUAUUCAGGUGAAACAAUGUUAGUAAAGGAGGAGGUCUCCCUUCCAUCACAGAGAGUGUGUUCCAGGUGUAAUUUUGUGUCCUCCCAAGAAGUUUGCAAGGCUUGCGUUCUACUAGAGGGUCUUAACAAAGGUCUGCCCAAACUCGGCAUUGGAAAAAGUUCAAAAGCAAAGAAGAUGCUAGAAGAUUAUAACGCAAGACAGAAAUUGGCGGCGGAUAUUGAAGAAAUGAAUGAGGACUUUAAGAAAAACAACUGUGUGUCUAAGGGUAAAGUGUGUAAAAGUGGGUGUAAUAGAAAUAGUGACGUAAAAUCGACACAUAGCGAUGCAUGUAGUAGUAACUGUGGUUGUGCUUCAAAGGACUUAGUGUUACCAGAAAAUCCAAAAAUUAAUAAGCUAUUACAAGAGUAUGGUUUGCCAGAUUCAAAAGACGUAAAUAAUGUAACGUCAAAUGGAAAAGAUUUAAGCGAUUCGGAAAAUGAUGAAAAUAUUUUAUUAGAAGAAAAUACAUGUGCAGGUGCUUGUGGUAAUGGUUUAAGUAUAGCAUUUUGACCCUAAUGUACACAUAAAGAAUUAUUGUGUAUAUAUGUAUUUACAUUAUUAUUUGUAUAUUGUAAAUAAAAAUCAUUUAUUUUAAAUUA